GGCGAGGUGAGCUGAGGAGGCGGUGAGCGCGGCCGGCGGGAACGCGGCGGGAGGGUCCCUGUGUGCCCCAUAGGCCGCCAUGCUGUCGCUGAAGGUGAAGGUGGAGAAGCCGGAUUUGGAGGCCACAUCGGCCCGGAGCCGUUUGGAUGCAGUGCUGCAGGGACUGCUGGAGCGCAGUGAGGGCGAUAGGGAAGUCCUGGAGGACGACGCAGGGAAAGCGGUGGGCGAUGCGGUCCCAAAGGACGCCUCUCCCAGCGCGCCGGGAAAGAGAGCGUCCCGCCGCUUCCCCCCCCACCGCCGUAAGAAGCGCCGGGAGGCCGAAGAGGGGCAGCCCGACCCCCCCCUGCAGCGACCCACGUGGAUUUGGGGCAGUUCUCGGAGGGGACCCCACUGUACCCCGUUUGUAGGGCCUGGAUGCGCAACUGCCCUACGGGGCGCCCCCAAAUCUGCCCCACGGCGCCCGAAUCCGCCCCACAUCUGCAGAGCGCAGGUAAAGCUGAGGACAUUUAUGAGCUGCCCCCCCCGGCCCCCCCCCGCGCCCCCCCCCGCAUCCCCUCCCCCCUCGGACCCGACGAAGGCUCCGCCCCCACGGAUCAGCCCCUGGAGCCGCCCUCCAUGUCGGCCCUCAUCUACAGCAACAUGGAGAGGUGGAAGCGCGUCCGGCAGAGGUGGAAGGAAGCGUCGCUCCGGCAGCAGCAGCGCUAUGGCGCCAGCUUGCGCCUCCUCCGCCGCAUCUACGAGCGCCAGUAAAGGCCCGCCCCUUCCGCCCCGCCCAGCCAAUCAGCGCGUUCUUUUCCCUUUCGCCCCGCCCUCGCGUUUUCUCUCAGCCAAUAGGCGUCGGUCUCUCCCCCUCCAACCGCGUAGCGUGGGCACGAUGUCACAGAGGAGCUCGACGCGGAUUGGUUGGUGCGUGAAGGAGGGGGGCGUGGCCUGGAGGGUUUAUUCAUUAAAAAAAAAGCGAAGGCAGCGCGGGAACGAAUCCUAUUGGUGGAAAACAGGAGAAAGAAAUUAAUAUUAUUUAUUUUAUUAAUUCCCCCCCCCCCCCAAUUAAGGAUCCUAUUAUUAAUUAGCUCCUCCCCCAUCAAUAUGAAGAACCUACCCCAAUAUUAAUGAGCCCCCAAUAAUAUAUAACACCGCUAUGAAUAUUAAUGAGCUCCAUGAAUAUUAAUGAUUCCCCAAUAUAUAAUAAUAUAAUACAUAA